UAUAUGCAGAGCAUAUGCGACUGGCACUGGUUAAGCUUUUAAAUUCCUAAUCCCAAUCAAGGUUGAGUGAAUUGAGAAUUGAGAAGAUGGGAAGUGAGGCGGUGUAUUCAGUGUGGGCGAUUCCACCGGAAGACGUGGGCAGCAGAUGCACCAACCUCAUGACCGCCCUCCGAUCCGAAUUCGGCGGGCCCUCUUUCCAUCCCCACAUCACGGUGGUCGGCGCCAUCAAACUCACCCCCGACGACGCCCUCGCCAAGCUCCGGUCGGCGUGCCAAGCCCUAAGGCCCUUCCACGUGACCGUCGACGGCGUCGCCACCGGCACCUUCUUCUACCAGUGCGUCUACCUCCUCCUCCGCCCCGACCCUCACAUUCUCGAGACCAGCGCGUACUGCUGCACCCGCUUCGGUUACGCCAAUUCCACUCCGUACAUGCCGCACCUCAGUCUUCUCUACGGAGAUUUGACGGAUCAACAGAAGCGGAAGGCUCAAGAGAGGGCUAAUGCUAUCGAUGACUCACUCGCUGGCUUGACUUUUCCGAUUAAUCGCCUUGCUUUGUACAAAACCGACACUGAAGAUAGAACGCUCAAAUCUUGGGAGAAAAUUGCUGAAUGCACUCUCGCUCCUAAUUAGCUUCUCAACCGCACCUACUGUUGUCUUACAAAGUUCUUGUUUAUUAUAAUCUAUUACAAAUUACAAAUUUUGUGCGUCUGAGACUUACUGAAAUUUGUGAUUUUUAACAAAUAAUAAAAAAAAAAAUUUUUGUUGUAACAAGAGAAAUGCUUGCAGCACUGUAUCAUGUACUCUAUUUCCAACCUAGUUUUUUAUAUUGGGUGGAAGUCAAAUUGAUGCGAGUCAGAUUAAAUAUAUACAUCUCA